ACAUCUCUAGCUUUUUCUCAGCGACGGCGACGCGACAAAAUUGCGCUAAAUUUUUGUACGCAUUUUACCAAAUUUCGCAUUGCUGCAAUACACUAAAUAAUUAAUUUAAGUACAAAGAAUAGUGCAAGACGUGUAAACGCAAACCGAAAACAGCGUGUGCAACGGAGAUAAAAAGAGAACCGACGGACAAAUUUGCAACAAGAAGCGCCGUCAGAGAUAGAAAAGGAAAACUAAAAAAUGUCUGGCAUUGCUAUAACACGAUUGGGUGAGGAGCGUAAAGCUUGGCGUAAGGACCACCCCUUUGGAUUUGUAGCUCGACCGGCUAAAAACCCAGACGGUACCCUGAACUUGAUGAUCUGGGAAUGCGCCAUUCCCGGCAAGAAAUCCACACCAUGGGAGGGUGGCCUGUACAAACUGCGUAUGAUCUUCAAGGAUGACUACCCGACUUCGCCGCCCAAGUGCAAGUUCGAACCGCCACUCUUCCAUCCGAAUGUAUACCCAUCUGGCACUGUCUGCCUGUCACUACUAGACGAGGAAAAGGAUUGGCGUCCGGCUAUAACCAUCAAACAGAUUUUGCUUGGCAUUCAGGACUUGCUUAACGAACCAAACAUCAAGGAUCCGGCUCAGGCAGAAGCUUAUACCAUCUAUUGUCAGAAUCGUCUAGAGUAUGAGAAACGUGUACGAGCUCAGGCGCGUGCUAUGGCCGCUACUGAAUAAAGCCAGCAAUUAGACGCCGAACUCUACAUGCAGAUACACAAACACAUCCACACACAUAUAAUAAUAUUUACAUAUACAAGUGAUCGCAACAAAACAUCUAGGAGUGAAGUGUUCUAGAGAACGCUUCCGAUAAAGCACUGUACUAACCAUUUUCAGUUUUCGUAAGUCGAUUAUAAAGACCUGAAUUAUGUAUGUAAAUCACAAUCCAGAUUCUCGUACCAGAAGAAAUGAUAUGUAAUGUCUUACGUAGGCUUGAGAAUGUACAUCCGCCUCUAGUACGGCGUAUUAUAAAUUUCAAUAAAUUUUUUAUGUAUAAGUAAAUCAA